GAGUGAGAACUGCUGGUGGCUUCGCUCUGCCUGUGAGUUCCAGCUCGCUCUGCAUCUGUGUACAGGCUCCUCACUCCCGGGAUCAACUCUGCUGCUGCUGCUGCUGCUGCUUAGGACAAUGUUAAAACCAGCUGCCCAGGUGCUGUGUGCAUAGGUGUCUCUGCUUUCCUGGUGUUUUUUGUGUGCAUCUGUUCUCAUAUGAUGAGCUGUUGAUCCCCUCUGUGGUUUCCUUCCAUGGCGUCUGAGGGAGCUCGGGCCAAAAGGACCAUUCUGGUUGCAUCCAGGGUCCACUGGAGCAGCAUGGACCUACCCGACCUAAUCCCAGCUCAGGACCAGGAGGCUCACGGAAAUUCGAGCCAGGACAGUGUCAGGAAAUGGCUCACCACCACCGGCACUGAGGACGAUGCAAAGCAUGAGCCUCUGCAGGAAGCUGCAGAGCCUCUGAAGAGGAACCCCAGCACUGACGAUGACCUGGCUUUGGUUCUAGAAGCGUCUUUAUAUGGUAGCCGGGGAGUGAGGACGGUCCAGGAGUUUCUGCGGUGGAGCAGGUCAAGUCCUGCUCUCGGCAGGUGGAACAGCUUCAACUCAGCAACUUCAGGUCACUCGGGGCCACUCAGUGUGAUGGACAUACUCAACAUGUGGAAUGAUGACCCAGAGGAGGUUCUGUUGGACCUGGGCUUUGGCUGUGACGAACCUGACCUCUCUGGACGCAUCCCGGCUCGAUUCAUCAAUCAUCAGUCUCAAGCGAGAGGAAUAAACCUGCAGGUGUUUCUGGAGGCCCAGAAGAACCGGCUGGACCUGGAGAACCCAGACGUCAGCAAUCGCUUUAGACAGCUUGAGGUUCUCCAGCAGGUAACUACAGCCUUCUGCCUCCUUGGUGGGGUCUUCCUCACCUCUCAGAGCACCGCUGGGGAAAGCCCUGCCUCCCGAGGCCCAGGAGAGGAGGAAGCCGUGUCAGCAUGCUGUUCAAACGAGCAGUCAAAGAAGUCACUGCACAACCUUAAAACGCAAGACCAAAUCACACCUGCUGCCACAUCUUCUCCCUGUGCUGCGCCCGAGUCACUGCAACCUCCGUUCAGCCUCGGAGACAAGAAGCUCUCCUUUAAGAGAGUCAAGCCUGGACUUCUGGAGACUGUGUGUCUGAGUCCUCUGGCAGAGGAACAAGCUGUUCCGGACCCUCAUCCUAACGUUGCUCCUAUCAUAGCCCAGGAGGGAGCACUCGGACACUGGCCCCUGACGGAUAGUCACCCCCGACCCCCAGCUAACGCUGUUUUACUGAGGAAGAAGAGUCCAGGGCAGGUCAGGGAAUCAUUUGAAAUGGAAGAGAUCCACAGUUUUGAUGACAGCAGUGUCACAGGGAGCUACACGGGAGGAGCAGAACAUGCAGCGCAGGGUGUGAUACGGACCAACAGCUGCCAGUCAGACAGCAGUGGUUUUUUAGAGGAGCCCUUCAUCCCCUCCGUCUCUCUGCAGGCGUCACCCGGACCUGGACUCAUCAAGGCUCUGUCAGGCCUGUCAGGAGGGGGCACUGACAGCCAGAGCAGUGAGAGGCCAGGCUCCCCCUCUCAUUCCUUCCCUCAUACCACUUCAUCUCUCCUGCUCUUCUCAUCUCCGACCUCUUCUGGUGUUGACAAAUCUCUAAUUUCCUCAUGCAGUUCUUCACCAGAGCCUUCAUUAGUCUUUCCCCCUUCCACAUCUCCCGUCUCGUUGUGUUUCCCAAAAUGUAAAAGGCAAAAUUCAGAGACAGAGACACCACCAGAUCAGAAUACGUCUUCACCUACUUCGCUACCUGCAUUGGUGUGCGACUACUUUGCUCCUUGCUAUCCCUCACCCGAGUUACAGGACGUAACACACUCCCGAACUCCAACUCUCGGUUCUCCUGCCGCCUUCACCUCUCUCUCCCCUACAUCUUCCCUGAUGCAACCUGCCUCAUUGAUUCGAGGGUCAGAGGACAUUGAAACUGAAGACAAGGAUGCUGCAUCCCCCCACCUCUCGCCUCUAUUUCAUGACUCAGCAUGGACAAGUGCCCCUCCUCCUGCCUCAUCUCCUUCUCCCUCUCCAAAUUUGGAUUGUCCCGUUCUCUGCCUCGAUUGCUAUGUCUUGUACACAGUCUGACUCCUCCUCUGGGAGUCCAGGGAACACACAGUCAGAACU